AUGAGAAGGAUCCACAUAAAGGGUGACGUGCUUUGCACCCUGGUUCUGCUGGUGCUCCUGUGUAUACUGUUGUAUGCUCACCAGGUGCUAACUCCUGCCUGGGGCACCUUGCAUUUGGAGCAGGGCUCUACAAGCUCUCGGUCCCUCUUGGGAGCUUUGCCGGAGGAAAAGCAAACAAGGCCUGGUCCUUCCAAGCCUCCGGAUUUACCCAGAUGCCAACCUGAGCCUCAGACAAAAUCUAAACCCCAACCGCAAUCGAAAUCGAAAUCUCACGUCAAAUCCAAACAGACCAAAUCAAAAUCCCAGGUCAAGACCAAACAAAAAGACGGAGCAAAGAAGACUGUCCCAACAAAAGUCAGCAUAGUCCCGACCCGUCCACCUUUCGAUUUUGAGGAUUACCUUCGCAAGAAGGACCACAGGAACUUCACGCUGCUGAUUGACCAGCCCGAAAAAUGCUCGGGGUCGGAGGGUGUCCCGUUUAUGCUGAUCGCGAUAAAGUCAGUGGCCGCAGACUUCGACAAGCGACAGGUGGUUCGACGUACAUGGGGACGGGAAGGUACGUUCCAAAAUGGAGUGAGCGUAAAGACGGUUUUCCUUCUCGGCGUUCCCCAGAAUCGUUCAGCGCUCCCGUUAUGGGAUAAGCUUAUGGCUUACGAGAGCCAGACUUUCAGGGACAUCCUCCUCUGGGAUUUUGAGGAUACUUUUUUUAACCUGACUCUCAAAGAGACACAUUUUCUCCAGUGGGUCAACACAAGCUGCUCCAAAGUCAAAUUCAUUUUCAAGGGAGAUGCCGACGUUUACGUCAACAUCGAGAACAUCUUAGAGAUGCUGCGGGGUCAAGAGGUCGACAAAGACCUUUUUGUCGGCGACAUCAUCUUUCACGCACGGCCGAUCCGCAGACGCAACAGCAAAUAUUACGUUCCUGAAUUUGUGUACGGUCAAGGGGUCUACCCCUCUUACGCAGGCGGUGGGGGGUUUGUCAUGUCGGGACACACGGCGUUAAGGCUAAAUGGGGCGUGUCAGGAGGUAGAACUCUUCCCCAUCGAUGACGUCUUCCUGGGCAUGUGUCUGCUGAGGAUCGGCCUGAAACCCACUCGCCACGAGGGCUUCCGAACAUUCGGCAUCGUAAAACCCUCUGCGGCGCCCCAUCUUCAGGUGUUUGACCCCUGCUUCUAUCGGGAGCUGAUGGUGGUCCACAGUCUAACCGUGCCACAAAUCUGGCUCAUGUGGAACCUCCUGCAUGACCCCAGUUUGCGCUGUCAUGCAAAUCGCGCACCCACGGAUUUCCCCUUUAAGUGGAAAGGCAGGGUGGCCACAUCAGCGAGCACAAAGACCACUGAGGAUCCUGAGGACCAGGACUAUGGAGUGAAAGUCUUUGUGAACCACUGA